CUGACAUGUUUUACUGCAGAACACCUCCCAGCAGGAACACUAUGGCUUCUCCUGUUAGCAUGUGCUGCCGCUGGUUGGACACACCAGGCUGUUUGAGAAAGGUCAGAAAACUCUUCGUGAGCGGGAGCAGACAGCGGAUGUAUUCCGGCGCUACGCACAAGGAAAAUGAACUUGAACUCGGAGAGUCCACCUUAACUGCCCCCAACUUCACGACACCUCCGAAAACCAGGUCAACACAGAUGAGGCUAAGCGAUGACAGCAUACUACCCUUUUCAGCGUUCUUGACUGACAACUUUGGCCGCAGGCACAGCUACCUGCGCAUCUCCCUAACUGAGAAAUGCAACCUCCGCUGUCAGUACUGCAUGCCAGAGGAAGGGGUAAAGCUUACACCGCGGGGCCAGCUGCUGUCCACCACGGAGGUGCUGACCUUGGCUCGCCUCUUUGUUCGAGAAGGAGUGGACAAAAUCCGUCUCACUGGAGGGGAGCCCCUUAUCAGACCUGAUGUGCUGGAUAUCAUCACUGAACUGAGGAAGUUAGAGGGCUUGAAAACUAUUGCAGUAACAACCAAUGGCAUGAACUUGGCCCGGCUUUUGCCAAAGCUGAAGGAUGCUGGUCUGGACCUCAUUAACAUCAGCCUGGAUUCACUGGUUCCUGCCAAAUUUGAAUUUAUUGUCAGGCGGAAAGGAUUCCACAAAGUAAUGGAGGGCAUUGAUAAAGCCAUUGAACUGGGUUACAAUCCUGUGAAGAUCAACUGUGUAGUCAUGCGAGGCCUCAACGAGGAUGAGCUCUUGGAUUUCGUGGCACUGACAGAGAAGAAACCUCUAGAGGUGCGCUUCAUUGAAUACAUGCCCUUUGAUGGUAACAAGUGGAACUUUAAGAAGAUGGUGAGUUACCAGGAGAUGUUGGAUUGCAUCAGGCAGCAGUGGCCCAACCUGAAACUACUCCAAACUGGACACACAGACACUGCAAAGACAUUUAAAGUGCCAGGCUUCAAAGGUCAGGUGGGCUUUAUCACCUCCAUGUCUGACCAUUUCUGUGGCUCCUGCAACCGUUUACGCAUCACUGCAGAUGGCAACCUCAAGGUGUGUUUGUUUGGUAACUCUGAGGUGUCCCUCAGAGAUGUCUUGCGCUCUGGGGCAUCUGAUGAAGAGCUACUGAAAAUCAUUGGAGCUGCUGUGGGCAGGAAGAAGAAACAACAUGCAGGCAUGUUCAGUAUCUCUCAGAUGAAGAACAGGCCUAUGAUCCUCAUUGGCAAGACAUCUCUCAGGUUUCAUCCACAUCCACAAGAUAGCCGGAGGGAUUUCCUUAGUGUUUCCCAGCUUAAAAAUGAGACAUUCCUUCCUCUAAAAGCAUCUCCUCACGUGUGCCAUUUAGGCUGCAAUGGAGUCCUGAACAGAGAGGGUGUUUUGUGCCUUAAAGACUGCACUGCUUCAGCAAAAGCAGCCCAUGUUUGCUGCCGUAGAACCUUAAUGAGUGACAGUACUCAUGUUAAUACACAUAUCAACAAAGAAAAACCUAAUGUGAUGGACAGCCUUCACACUGUAGCACCUCUUCACGCCUCAGAGUUUAGUAAUGGUCUCAUUUUCACCAGUUGUCAAACUAAGACUGUAAGUUCUGCGACACGCACAAACGUCACGAGUUACAUUAAUGAAGACUGUCUCAGGUACGCACAAGCCAGUGGUCCUACUGCUCCAAUGAGCUGCUUGCUCAGGACCCCAGCAACUCCUGAUUUUUGUACACUACUAAUGAAUGCCAAAAGGAAUCCUAAAUACCACAGUGUUAGACUGUUUCACAAUCAAAAUUCCAACAAAGACCCCAGUGUCAAAGUCGGCCAGUGUGUGAGUGAUCAAGCAAAGUCAGCCACAAAUGUCUCCAACACUCACCGGGAUGAAACCAGCAAAGCUCAGCUGACGCAUACAGACCACGAGGGCCGAGCCGCCAUGGUGGACGUUGGGGGGAAAGCUCCCACACGUCGAAUAGCCACAGCCUGCGCCACCAUCCUGUUGGGCCCAGUGGCGUUCCCACUGCUUCAGGAUAACCAGCUUGCCAAAGGCGAUGCCUUGACUGUAGCACAGCUGGCCGGCAUCAUGGCAUCAAAACAGACCUCUGCCCUCAUCCCGCUCUGCCACCCGCUCCCCUUAGACCACACCUCAGUCACUUUUCAGCUCGAUGAGCUGCAGAACGCUGCUGUCAUAACAGCAACAUGCCGCACUACAGGCAGGACAGGAGUUGAGAUGGAGGCUUUGACGGCCGUUUCCGUGGCAGCACUCACUGUCUAUGACAUGUGCAAGGCAGUGACCCAUGACAUCAUCAUCACAGAUAUAAAACUGGUCAGCAAGACAGGUGGAAAGAGGGACUUUUAUCGUCACCCAGCCAAGGAAAACUGAGAACAUAUGCACUGUCACAAUGUGAACAGACUGAACAGUUCAGUGGAAUUGUCAUAUUUUUAUACAAACUAAAAUGUAUGACGUCAAAACAAUUUGAAGGUGUUUCUAAUCACCCUGCCAGCCUCUACUGGUAGGUUUCUUAAAUAUAUAAUGAAGUGACAUUUUACCUGAUAAUUACUUGAUCUGUCACUAAUCCCACUCAAUAUGAAUCCUGUAAUCUAAACAUUAUGCAUUCCUACUUUGAUUUAGCAAAGCUUUGCAAAUAAUUCUGUCAUACAUGAGAUUAUGUUUGUUUUUUGCCACUAGGGGGCAUUAUAUGCACAAGCCUCUGUGGAGGUCUUUCAGUGAAUUUUAAACUGAAGAAGGUAUUGAUGCUAUUUACAUGUUGAAUAAACAGGACAUCUUUCAUUAACCUACAUGAACUUUGAAGGCAGUUGCAUUUUGAAGAAGUCCAGGUUCCUGACCUAAAGACUGGCACCAAAGGAAGCAGCAGCAGAGUCCUGAGAACAGAGCAGUUUAUGUUUGAUUGUCCUGGUUGUAUUUCCUCACUGCUUCCCAGUCUCACGGUUGUUCCUCUAUUUACCUGCUUUGCAUUGCCAUAACUAACAGCACUAUGAAUGAAGUCUUUUACAGUUGCCCUGUGAAGUUAAUCUAGUUGUACCAGAUGCUGCUUUCACAUUAUAAGUGAUUAUUUUUUUUAGUUUGUUACGGUUUUCUAUCUACCUCCGUACUCUAUUUGAAAAUCUUGACAUUUGUAUUCAUACUACAUUAGAGUACAGGAUGUCAGUAAAAUGAAAUAUCCACACUACACAAAAGAUCACUUACACUGCUAAAACGUUGUUUGGUCAUUGCUUUCCGUUUGUCAGUGUUGUGUAGGUAUGAUCCUCUGGCCUGCACAGUAAAUCUGCAGUUCUCACAUGUUAGCUGUGGAGAACUGAAUAUUGCAGUUUUUUUAAAAAAUCAUAGCAAGUUGUUGGUUGUAUCCAACUCAUGCUGUCACAAGUAAAGGCUUGUUUAAUUUUUUUUUAUCUUCAUAAGAGCUACAAAUCUCUACAGUUUCUCCUGUAAUGUCUUUGUACAGUGUGUCUGAAAGUUGGGUAAUGUGUGAUUCCAUGGGUCGCUGCACUCAGUGCCAAUAUGCAGCGCAGGGCUGUCCGCCAUCUGCCUCUAAAUGCUUGUUGUGAGAGCAGAGAGACAAAUGAGCAGUAAGAAACAGUAGACAAACAGUGGACAGUCACCUCAGAUUAGAAACCUGCAGCCAGAGAUACCUGCAGAGAGGAGGCACAAAGGUAAUGAUCUGCAUUAGUGGCAAAUGUACAGGCAAUGUGAAAACACUAAAUUUUCAAUGUGAUCACAGCAUGUUAACAACAGACAACAUGUCAACAAUGUCUGGUCUCACAGGACAAUUUCAAUGAAUUCUGAGCCAUUUGUCCCAUAAAGCAUGGACUUAAUGAGUCGAAUGUUCCCACUGGCAGCUGAGCAGCGGGUUAAACCAUUUCUCUAAGUGAAGGGGUUGCAUACUGCUAUUAACCAUGUUAAACAUCCUUUUACUUUGUCAUGUUCUUUCUUUUUACAUAGAAGAUGAAAAUAAAACAUUUCAAUUGCA